GCGGGGCCCGUUGCUGGGCCGGAAAGGGGCGGCCAGCGGGGCGGGGCUCCAUUUGAACCGGGCGGCGGGGAAGAGGUGGCCGCGCAGCCCGUCACCACACGUCCUCAUGGCCAAGCAGCUCGGCCGGGACCAGCAGGGCAUCACCCUGCGGGGCAGUGCCGAGAUCGUCGCCGAGUUUUUCUUCUAUGGGAUCAACAGCAUCCUCUACCAGCGGGGCAUCUACCCUCCCGAGACCUUCACCCGUGUCCAGAAGUACGGGCUCACACUCCUCAUCACCACCGACCCCGAGCUGAAGAACUACCUCAACAACGUGGUGGAGCAGAUGAAAGAGUGGCUGUACAAGUGCAGCGUGCAGCGCCUGGUGGUGGUCAUCUCCAGCAUUGAGAACAACGACGUUCUGGAGCGGUGGCAGUUCGACAUAGAGUGUGAUAGAACUGCAAAGGAUGAGAGUGCACCCCGAGAAAAAACUCAGAAAGCUAUUCAGGAUGAAAUUCGAUCUGUUAUCAGACAAAUAACUGCCACGGUAACUUUUCUGCCGCUGUUGGAAGCUGCCUGUGCUUUUGAUUUGCUGAUAUACACAGACAAAGAUUUGGCAGUGCCAGAAAAGUGGGAAGAGUCAGGACCACAAUUCAUUGCCAAUUCAGAAGAGGUUUGUCUUCGUUCCUUCACAACUACAAUCCACAAAGUCAACAGCACGGUCGCUUACAAAAAGGAUUCCUUUCCCUAAGAUAUGGGGGUGCUUUUGUAUAUAUCCCUGUCACCUUGUAUAGUUUCUGUUCAUAGUGCAGCUAAGUCAUGAGCACAUCACUACUAUUGCUCUUGACAAAGUAUGAUCCAGAAAAAGGGCAAAGUGUUUGUCUAUGACAGAUAAUGUGGUGUAACACUAGACUAAGCUGGCAUUGUUUUUAAAGAAGCCUAAAUAAAGUAUUCAUAAUGAUAGCUGAAUUUUUACUGAACUGUAUGAGCCGAAGUGUGUUAAACUACCCCAUGGACUAGAAAAACUGCCUAAAGCUAAGAUUAGUUGUUAGAAUUGAGUUCAGACUCUGUAAUUUAGUAUUUUAUCAUAAACUGCAUUCUACUAACAGGCUUAAGUUCUCUCUGGCACCAAAAACCAACUCACUUCUGAUAUACAAGUUCUUAAUGUUAAAAGCCUGGGCUGUUCUGUUACCAUAAACAAUCCUAAAAUGGAUCAACAGAACAAUUGUGAAGUUACUUGUACCUCUUUACAAUGAAAACAGCUGUUUAUCAGGAAAAUCUUAAAUAUAUGAAGCCUUGUAUAUUAAUGACUGCUGAACUCUAAUUCUGGAUAUGGUGGUGUCUAAGUGUAUGUCUCUAGUGUCUGUCAAGCAUUUUCUAUGUUUGUAUUUUUGUUUUACAGAAUAAAGCUUAAAAUUGUAUAGUGUUCUCUAA